CAAAAGAACCCGCAGACGGGAGAAGAUGAGACUAUUCAGAUUUCCCAGCAGCGUGAGGACCGCUGGGUGAUGGAUGAGUACCUUGAAUGGUCCACAAAAAAGGUAGACGGAGAUAUUCAGGUAGUGAGCUUCACCUGUGAGGGUCCGGAGUAUUGGGAAGAGCUAGCUAAGCAUAACCCCAUUCUCACGGAAACCGCCAUCAAGAAACCCGCGCCACAAGAGUUUGAGAGAAACAACAAGAUCCUCAACAUUUACAAGAAGCUGAAUCCUGAUUUCGCAGAUCAGAUCAAAGGUGACGAUCUGGUCAAGGAAGAUGGAACCUAUGACAUCUUUAACAAAUGGAACGGUCACACCAACACUGGUACAAUUGCUCACCUGAUCCAAAUCAACAACAGCCUCAGUGCUGAGAUUGAUAUUGCUGCUCAAGCUACUGUUACUCGAACUGAUUUGGUGUAUGGAGAACCCAUCACAAACAUGAUUACACUUUGUGGAGAUGGAUCUUCCUACGGUAACCCAGGAAGAAAUUCUGAUCCCACUAUUGGUGCAGCAGUCAACGAAGUCUGUCGUCUUGCCCACGAUAAAGUACUUCCAAUCCCAGCAACCAUCUCAGUCAAAGACCCCGUAGCUCUGUACAUCUACGACGCGGACUUCUCUUCUUUCCUACUUGAUCGCACAGGCAAGCGACGAGGAAAUGUCCGAGAAAUGAGCCCUGUACCAGAUGGUGUCUUCGACUGGUGUGAUCGUGGUGAUAUUACCCAGAACAUGGGACUGCAUCUCCGAGUCUCGAUCCCCAAGGGCCUGAAAACAGAUGAUGGCAGCCGCGACCUUAAUGUCAGCGAUCUUUUUGACCAAAACAACGGCGGCCGUUACGUUCACUACGGAAGUCAGUUUGCAGACUACAUCUUCAUGAGUGUCUCUGGUAUCGUAGGUCCCAAGCCAGCGAAAGCAUCCAAGCAGUGGCCGGGAAAACCUCAGCCUGCGAUUACGUACACUGAGCCGUAUGUGCAGAAGCCGAUUAUUGAGCCAAAGGUUCAGGGAGCGCCUCCAAGAAUUGCUAUCACAAGUAAGAUGAUGGCUUUGGAGAGUGGUGAGGUCAAUGCUGUCGUAACGACAUCUGAUCUCAAGGUAAUGGAGGUUAGAGGAGCGGCGAAGGAGGGACCACCAGACUACAUGGGUAUGCCGGAGCCUAGUCCUCCAAAUGGGCCGGACUUCCAAUCCAUCAAGCCAAAGAUCAUCUAUUAGAAAGAUUUCCAGGCAUUUACCCCGUUGAGCUAGAUAUGUCGUCAUUGAUUCCUGUACUGAGUUCUCAAUAAAUGUUAGCAAAACCCACCAAAGGAAGUAGUUAAAAACUGCAGAAAA